AUGGGAGGGGUUUUCGGCCGGCCGAAGCAGCAUCGCGGAGACGGGAAAGUCGUGGCUAUAACGGGAUGCUCUAAAGGAGGAAUUGGUUACGCCCUCGCAGAGGAGUAUGCACGGCGGGGCGCCAAGGUGUUUGCGACGGCACGGUCGGUAGAGGCGAUGGACGGGUUGCAGGAGCAGGGCGUGAGUACAGUGAAGCUGGAUGUGACUAAAGAGGAUGAUAUCAAGUCUGCUGUGGAUGUGAUUGUAAAGAGCGCUGGGCAGAUCGACAUUCUUGUGAACAACGCGGGUGUGCUUAUCAUGGGGCCUGUGGCGGACCUCCCGCUCUCCUCCUGGCGCCACGGCUUUGAAACCAACCUGCUGGGGGCAGUGGCUAUGGCACAGGCCGUGUUCCCCCACAUGGCUGAGAGGCGGAGCGGGUGCAUUGUGAAUAUAUCGAGCAUCCUGGGUUACCAGGCAUUGCCCACGGGCGCUGUGUAUGCAGCGUCCAAGGCAGCACUGACUGCAGCGACCGACUGCAUGCGCAUGGAGAUGAAGAACCCCACACGCUCCACGGCAGGCCCGUGGGCGCUGUGCUGUGUAUUCGGCAUUCAAGACGGCGUUGACCGCAGCAACCAGCUGCAUGCGCAUGGAGAUGAGGUCAUCCCUCUAGUCCCUGCUCUCCCGCCUGUCCCAAAUGCUCCACGGCAGCCCUAUGGCCGUUGUGCUGUGUAUUCGGCAUUCAAGGCGGUGUUGACUGCAGCAACCAGCUGCAUGCGCAUGGAGACGAGGCACCUCUAUUGGCCCAUGGGUGCUGGGUAUUCUGCAUCCAAGGCGGCAUUGACGGCAGCGACCAACUGCACGCGCAUGAAGAUGAAGCACUCUCCCCUUCCCCUUCACCAUUCCCCCCUCAACUGUGCUCCCCGUACCCUGAUCACAUGCUCCAUCACAGGCCCAUGGGCGCGCUGUAUUCGGCCCAUGGGCGCAGUGUAUUCUGCAUCCAAGGCAGCGUUGACGGCAGCGAAUAACUGCAUGCGCAUGGAGAUGAAGCCGUCUCCCUUCCCUUUCCCCACUCUCUCUUUCUCCCAUACUCGACCCUCAUUACGCGCUCAAUCACAGGCCCAUGGGCGCUGUGUAUUCUGCAUCCAAGGCUGCGCUGACGGCAGCGAAUAA